AUGAACUGUUCAUCUGGAACCCUGGAGAAGGCGGGUUUUGGGAAAACAGAGGUGAUUGUUUCAGAAACAGGGUGGGCUUCUAAUGGUGAUGCGAAUGAAGUUGGGGCGAAUGCUAGGAAUUAUAAUAAGAAUCUACGAAAGAGAUUGUUGAAGAAGAAAGGUACUCCUUAUAGGCCGAAGAGAACUGUGAAGGGAUAUGUUUUCUCAUUGUUUAAUGAGAAUCCGAAACCGGGUCCUACUGUGAGAGGAAUUUCGGAUUGUUUAAGGCCGAUGGAAUUUCUUUGUUUAUUUGCUGUUGUAAGGUUGGCCAAUGAUGUUCCUUGCAUACCGAUGAACUGUUUAUCUGGAACCCUAGAGAAGGCGGGUUUUGGGAAAAUAGAGGUGAUUGUUUCAGAAACAGGGUGGGCUUCUAAAGGUGAUGCGAAUGAAGUUGGGGCGAAUUCUAGGACUUAUAAUAAGAAUCUACGAAAGAGAUUAUUGAAGAAGAAGGAUACUCCUUAUAGGCCGAAGAGAACUGUGAAGGGAUAUGUUUUCUCAUUGUUUAAUGAGAAUCUGAAACCGGUCCUACUUGUGAGAGGAAUUUCGGAUUGUUUAAGGCCGAUGGAAGUACUGUGCUUAUGA